UUCCCCUAGAUCCAAGUCGCGGAGCUAUUCCCAUUAAUACAGACAGCCCACCUUCCACGACACGACCAGGUCACUGCAUAGCUUCGCCGGACUGUGUUGACCACUCGACGAUACGUUCGAACUUUUUUGUCGGCCACCGCCCAACGUUCUAGAUCAUCCUAUCAGUCAGCGAUCAUGGCAUCCCUAAAGUCGCUGCUGAGCGGCUUCCUGCUGCUCGCCGGUUGCGCGCAAGCUCUCAAGUUCGACCUUGAGGCUACCUCUUCACACCACAGCAACCAGCGACGAUGCAUACGGAACUUUGUCAACAAGGACACAUUGGUGGUAGUAACGGCUACGCUUGACGGAUACAAGGGCGAUGGCAUGAACGUCAACAUGCACAUCUCCGAUAGCCACGGAAACGAGUACGGCAAGGCCAAGGAUAUUGCUGGCGAGCAGCGCAUCGUCUUCACCUCGCAUCACGACGCGGCCUUCGACGUGUGCUUCGAGAACUAUCUUACAGGUUCCAAGUAUGUCGAAAACCCCCGCCGUCACGUCGAGCUCGAUAUCGACAUUGGUGCCGAUGCCAAGGACUGGUCCGCCAUCCAGGCCACUGAGAAGCUUAAGCCGCUCGAAACCGAUCUGCGCCGUAUCGAGGAGCUGGUCGGCGAGGUUGUUAGCGAGAUGGAUUACCUGCGCGCUCGUGAGCAGAAGCUCCGUGAUACCAAUGAGAGCACCAACAACCGUGUCAAGUGGUUUGGCAUGGCCACCACUUUCCUCCUCAUUGCUCUUUGGGGGUGGCAGAUUAUGUACCUCAGGGCGUACUUCAGAUCUAAGCAUCUUAUUUAAUGGGCUGGGUGUAACCUACGAUAACGACCCACAACUACCACUGUCCAAACUACCUUAUUUAUUAUACGGCUUCAUGGUAACGACGGGCGGGAGGUUUUAUGAACUCUUUACUACACGCAACGCAGGCGAGCGAAUGGCAUACAAUAGGUUGGAGAUCUCUGGUGUAACUAUAUACGGUAAUGUGUUUCAGCCAAAAAGUUAUGGAGUAAAAAGGAGAAUUGACUGCAUGCUGAGUGAGCCGUCU